GUUCUGUUGUUGUCGACGUUUGUAAAGAUUCCGUGAAUCUGACACCAGGAACACACUUUUACCUGGCUAGCCCAAUGUUCCCCAACUCUAAAGCAGACAACAGAGUCUGUAACUGCAGUCUUCAGGGGUCUCCGAUAAAAAUGACAGCAGUACAAAUCUCAGUUCAAUCGACCCUCCCAUGGCCAGAAGAUGACCAGUACAGUUCUGUGUUUGCUGUCUUGUCUGAUUCCCGUCAAGUCUGGAGGUCAAGAGAUUAUACAGACAUCUCUCACAUUAAAUUAUUCAAUACCAACAUGUUUCUUCCCAUGGAUCCACCACUGUAUGUCAGAUACUCCAGCUAUGGUUUAGAAGACCAGAAUGUGUGGAUUCACAUUGUUGGACAAGGGCAAUUACAAAUCUCUUGCACAUCUUUGCUGUUACCUCCUGAUAAAAUCCUACCCAAACCUUCAGUGGGGGCCACUACUGAGGCUACACUGAAAACAUUUUUACCAUCAUUAGCUGCUGAUCUGACAUCAACAAAGGAAGCAAUAACCAGGCCAACAGCUGACACAAUAACCAGCCCAACAGCUGACACAAUAACCAGCCCAAGAGUUGAAGCCACAAACACAACAACAAAUGAAGUAAUAACAGGACCCUUAACAACAAAGACAAUAAUUAAAGCAACAACCAGUGCCUUGGAAACAAAGUUGGAUCAAAGUACAGAAUUUCAAGCAGUUGAAUCAUCACCAAUUGUCAGUAGAACUACAGAUUCAUCCAAACAAACUGGCACUCAGCAGACAAUAGAUAAAAACUCAAAGUCUGAGCCUGCAGUUCUGAUACUAGCUGGUAUCUUGGCUGUUUUAGUCAUCAUUGCAUUAUUGGUGGCCUUUAUCAUUUAUAGGAAACGACGUAAAUUCACAUAUAAUGGCAAGUCUGGUCUCUAUGCCUUGUUCCUCUCCUUAUAUCACCAACUAAGAGGAAAAAACAAUCAAGAUGGCGAUGGACAGGAUUGCACAAUUUUCCAUGAAAGUUUUGACGGAAUCUUUCAUCAGACAGAAAAUGGCCAACAGGUAACUGUUGAUAUCAGAACUACAGUACAGGAUACAGACAUGGACAAAAUGUCCAGAGCUGCAGUACAGGAUACAGACAUGGACAAAAUGUCCAGAGCUACAGUACAGGAUACAGACAUGGACAAAAUGUCCAGAGCUACAGUACAGGAUACAGACAUGGACAAAAUGUCCAGAGCUACAGUACAGGAGAAACACAUGGACAAAAUGUCCAGAGCUACAGUACAGGAUACAGACAUGGACAAAAUGUCCAGAGCUACAGUACAGGAGACAGACAUGGACAAAAUGUCCAGAGCUACAGUACAGGAUACAGACAUGGACAAAAUGUCCAGAGCUACAGCAGGCCGACAGGAUACAGACCUGGAAAAAAGUGAACCAAACAAAAAUUGCUCUCUCAAUCAGUCAAGACAAAUGGCUGGUUCAGAAAAAGUCAAUUAUACUCUUUUUAAUUCUGGCAAAAAACCUUUAAAAAAAAAUACUGAAACAAACCAACUUAUUAUGGAGACCCCAGAAAUUUUCAGACCACCAGCAGUAGAGGGAGGCAACUAUAAAAUAACUGAUGAACUACAGCAACCAACUCACGCAAAUGUACGCAAUAACCAAGUCAGCUCUACACAAGUCAAUAACCAAGUCAGCUCUAUACAUGCCCAAAUGGAAACAAAAAAAUAUUCACAUCAUAAGAAAAGCAAAUACCAACCAAAAAGCAAAUUACAAGAAGAGGGAAAACAUACAACAGAUUUUACUCAACUGAGCAUUACACCACUAAUCAAUGAAGGUUUGAUGGAAAUGUCUCUUAUAAAAGAAAAACACCUCAAUUCUCGAGGCCAUGAUUCAGCUAAAACAAGUUAUGAUACAGUUCAAAAAGGUCAUGAUCCAGCUAAAAAAGGUCAUCAUUCAACUCAAAAAGUUCCUCAUGCAGCUUAUAGAGGUCAUAAUUCCACAAAUACAGCAAACGAUUCAGUUACUGCUGCUCAAAUCCAUAAUAAAAAAAAUGAUGAUCCUGCAAGCAAAGGUUCUGGUCCCAAGUUUGAAGCUCAGGAAUACAGUACAACAGUUUCUAAACAAAGAAAAGUUUCAAGACCAGAAUUUGUUGCCAGCAUUAUCCAGUUAUCUCUACAAGACAUGAAACAAAGAAUGGGUGAGCUCUAUUCAAUGGAAGGUGAACAAGAGAAUGUUGACAUGAUGGUACCUACCAGCCAAUGUUGACAUGAUGGCACCAGCCAGCCAAUGUUGACAUGAUGGUACCAAUGUUGACAUGAUGGUACCUACCAGCCAAUGUUGACAUGAUGGUACCAACCAGCCAAUGUUGACAUGAUGGUACCUACCAGCCAAUGUUGAC